AUGAGUCACGAAAACCAGGAAAAUUAUGAUGAUUAUCGUGAUGAGGCGAAAUAUGAUAAUUACGAACAAGGAGACUACAGGUAAAUAUUUGAAAAUAAAUUAAACAGAUAAUUCAAGGAUAUUUCAGCGCUUCGUAUGACGAAGUUUACCAAUCGGAUCAUAGAGGAAGAGGAGCUCCGGCAAUGUUAGUUUUAUUUUUUUCAAAAUAAUAACUUUGAAACAUUAUUAUUUUUCAGGAUGAUGCGCGGUGGUCGAGGACGUGGUUUUGGUGGUGUUGCUCCCGGUGUUCCAGCUCACGCUUUUCGUGGUAGAGGAGGUCCCAUAGGGUUUCCACCUAGAGGUAGAGGUUUUAAUGGUGCUAUGCCUAGAGGUGCUAGAGGUAUGCCAAGAGGAGGAGGUUAUCCACCAAAUUAUGGUGGUGGGUUUGGAGCAUUUGGCUAUAAUAACGCAUACGCUCAACAUCCUGCUCAUCAAGCCCCGCCACAAUCCAAUCCACAAGAACAAGAAGAAAAAUUAAAAAGGGUUAGUGAACACAGGCAUAAAUUGCUGACUUUUUUUCCUGCUGGCUCCGCCCUCUGCCACGAUUACACGUUUCACGUUUUUUAAAUAAUUUUUUCGAUUUCAUCUUUUUUUCUUCACUAAAUUUCGAAAUGCAAAAAAUCAGAAAUAAUUUUUGCUUGAAAAAAACGUGCCGCACCUUGCCAAAUAAAUCCCGCCUCCCGAUUCACGCGAGAAAUUUUUUUUUCUGCGACAGGCAUUUCUGAAUUAAAAAAGUCAAGAAUUUAUGCCUGUGGUGAAUCGAUUUAUUUCCGUAAUUUCAAAAUGAAAAUUGAGAGAGACACGGAAAAAGACAGAAUUCGCAGUCUCGCGUGAACAAAUUUCACGCAAAAAUUGAUUUUCUAUACAUUUUGAACCGAAUUUUGUUUAUUUUUUGCAAAAAUGUCAUUUCUGAUUUCAAAAAACAGCCAAAAGAAGAACAAAAUGAAAAAUUCCGUCAUGAUCUUGAUAAAACGGUGAAUUUACCGUUUUUCUGUGUCUCUCGAUUUGCAGAAUAUUCAAUAUCUAAAAGGGCGUGAUUUAUAAUUGUAUAUUUAUUUCAGCUCGCCGGAUGUGGAGAAGGUGAAGAAUUAUGGGUCGAGACUGAAACAAGCGAAGGAAAGAAGUAUUUUUAUCAUCCGGUUAAUCGUAAUACUGUUUGGGAAAAACCAGAAAAUUCAAAAAUUAUCAGUCAGGCAGAGUUAGCUCAAUUAGUCAGUCGCUCAACGGAAGAAAAUCGAGUGCAAGAAGGUUUGUAUAAAAAAUUUAAAAACUUUUUUUCCCUCCUAAUAACCCUUUCAGUGAACGAAGGUUUGUUUUAAAUCCCCUCAAUCAGAACUAAAAUAUAACAAAAAAGUCAUGAAUCUUCUUAUAUAAUCAACUUUGAGCUUCUCUCAGCUUACUUCGAUCAAACAAUUCGUUGGCGCAAACAUAUAUUGAAUGGUUUCACUUCACUCCACUUUGAAAUCCAAUGUGUAAUGUCCAAUUUUUUUUCAACUUUUUUUUCACUGAGAAACCCCGACUUACUUUUUAGGAAAAUACCUACAAUUUAUUCAAAAUCUUUCAUUAUCCAGUUUUAUUUCAGAAAGAGGUCCACAAGAAGCUGAUGCUUGGGCUGAAUUCACUGCACCUGAUGGACGAAAAUAUUAUUAUAACUCGAUAACACAAGAAAACACAUGGGAAAAACCACAAUCAAUGAUCGAUCGUGAAAACUCGGAUGUUCGUCCAGAAGUUAUUGAUCCAGAGCAACAAAAAAUCAUCGCAGAAGCUCAGGCUAAAGCACAAGCCGCUCUUGCUGCAUUUAUGGCUCAGCAAAAAUCAAGCAGUAAUGGAGGUGGUGGAAUGCCAAUGUCAAAAGCACAAGCAUCGGGAGCAGCUGCAGCUGCAGUUGUUAAUGCAGAAGCUGCAAAAAAGAAAGAUUUAUCAAGACCUGUUAGUAGUUUAUCUGUCAGUGGAACACCUUGGUGUGUAGUUUGGACUGGAGACAACAAAGUAUGCUUUUUGAGCUAUUUUUUCUGAUUUAAUUUUUGAAAUAUUCAUUGACUUCAGGUUUUCUUCUACAAUCCAACUACAAAAACAUCAGUUUGGGAAAGACCUCCAGAUACUUAUGGACGAGAAGAUGUUGAUAGAAUGAUUGCAAAUCCACCCGAACCAAAAAGUGAGUUAUUUUCCCAGAAUUAAUAAUAGCCAUCCAUUUUUUCGAAAUUACUCAAUUACAAUUUUAGAUGAAUCUCCCGCUCAAAAAGAAUCAGAUGGAGAAUCAACAGAAGAUGAAGAUGGACCACCAAAAGCAAAGAAAAGUCGCGCAGAAAAGAAAAAAGAAGCACUUCUUGCAGCUCAGAAGAAAGAAAAAGAAAAACCUCGUCAGAUAUUGCAAAAACCAGUUGAUCCUGCAAUUCAAGCUGAAAUUGAAGCAGCUGCUGAAAGAGAGAAAAUUCCAUUGGAAGAACGUUUGAGAGAUUUCAAAGAAAUGUUAGCGGAGAGAGGUGUUGCUACUGGAAGCACAUUUGAGAAAGAAUUAUCGAAAAUUGUUUUUGAUAAACGUUAUUUGUUGCUUGGUGCAACCGAGAGAAGAGCGGUUAGUUUUUUACAGAGUGUUUUUGAAAAAGUAUUUAAUCCAAAUAUUUUUGCAGUCUUUUGAAGCGUAUUGCCGUGAAAAAAUUGAGAAUGAACGAGCUGAAAAGAAAAAGAAAACAAAGGAAGCAAAAGAUAAGUUCAUGGAACUUUUGAAAGAGGCUGAACUUCAUGGAAAAUCUUCAUUCUCAUCAUUUUCUUCUAAAUUUGGUAAAGAUUCGAGAUUUAAAAUUGUGGAAAGAAUGAGAGAUCGAGAAGAUUUAUUCAAUGAUUUUGUUGGAGAAUUACACAAGAAAGAAAAAGAGGAGAAAAAAGCAAAGAAGGAAAAAUUGAAACAAGAUUUUAUCAAACUUUUGGAAGAGCAACAAAAUUUGACAAGACGAUCAAAAUGGUCUGUGGUGAAAAAGUUGUUGGAAGAAGAUGAACGAUUUAUUGCUUUGGAAAGUAGUUCUACAAAAGAAAGUUUAUUCCGAGAUUUUAUUGAGAAUUUGGGAGAUGAAACUGCAUCGGAUAUUGAAGAAGAACAAGAAAGAGAAAAAAGAUUGGCAACAGAAACAGCGAUUGCAAAUCGACAAAAAGAAGUUGAAGCUGAAUUAGGAGAUCAAUUGAGAGAAAGAAAUAAGGAAACGGAAAAAAUAAAGAUUGCAGAACAUGAAGAGAGAUUUAAAGCAUUGCUGAUUGAUUUGGUCAAAAAUACCGACUAUUCGUGGCACGAAGCAAGAAGAUUGUUAAGAAAAGAUGAUCGAUAUUCUGAAUGUGAUUUGUUGGAUAAACAUCAGAAAGAGAAUCUUUUUGAUGAUUAUAUAAAAGUAUUGGAAAAGAAACGAAGAGAAGCAUUUUUUACUGUUUUGGAUAAUCACGAGAAAAUAAAUGCAAGUAUGCGAUGGAAAGAAGCUAAACGAAUUAUCCAAGAUGAAGAAGAAGUUUUUUGUAAAGUUGCCAAUAAUUCAGAAAGAGUACGUUUCACUGCCUCCCCAAAUCUACGUGUGUGUGGAAAAACGAAAAAUGUCUGGCACGCUCUCGCAAACACACACUCUCUCGCACACAACUUUUUACUUUUAUUUCGCGAAAACAGUGCAUAUUAGGAGCUGAUUUUUAUGUGUUUUUCGUCGGAACCACUAUAUGUGUUAUACAUAGUUCGAAAGAGAAUUUCUUCAGCUACAAACACAUAUGAAAUGUUAUAAAUGAAACCGAGAUAAAAAAAUAAAAUUUUCAUGCAAACAUGACAUGGUUUUUUUGAAUUGUGUGAAAAACGCAUGUGUUUUUUGAUGACCUGGCUUAUUUUUUGAAUAUCGAAUAUAUGUAUAAUCGAGUCGUAGUUUUGUUCAGAAUCUCAAGGGCUUUCAGAUGAUGUAAAUCAAUAUUUAUGAAAUUGUGAAAUCAUGGAGGAGUAGGGAUUUUUCGUUUGUCAAUUUUUAAAACGAAAUUUUCAUUUUCAUUUGAAAAGAACUCGAAUGAAGUUUACAUACGUUUUGAAGAGAAUUUCUCGGGCUUCAAAAUCAUAUAUAUUUCUAUACACAAAAAUGGAAAUUGAAAGCACCGCUUUCGGUUUAAAACUCACCGCUGUUUUUCGCAACGCUACUGAACGCGGUUUGUUUGUUUGGUGCAAACCCAACAAGUUUUCAACCGAAAGCGGUGCUUUCAAUUUCCAUUUUUGUGUAUAGAAAUAUAUAUGAUUUUGAAGCCCGAGAAAUUCUCUUCAAAACGUAUGUAAACUUCAUUCGAGCUCUUUUCAAAUGAAAAUGAAAAUUUCGUUUUAAAAAUUGACAAACGAAAAAUCCCUACUCCUCCAUGAUUUCACAAUUUCAUAAAUAUUGAUUUACAUCAUCUGAAAGCCCUUGAGAUUCUGAACAAAACUACGACUCGAUUAUACAUAUAUUCGAUAUUCAAAAAAUAAGCCAGGUCAUCAAAAAACACAUGCGUUUUUCACACAAUUCAAAAAAACCAUGUCAUGUUUGCAUGAAAAUUUUAUUUUUUUAUCUCGGUUUCAUUUAUAACAUUUCAUAUGUGUUUGUAGCUGAAGAAAUUCUCUUUCGAACUAUGUAUAACACAUAUAGUGGUUCCGACGAAAAACACAUAAAAAUCAGCUCCUAAUAUGCACUGUUUUCGCGAAAUAAAAGUAAAAAGUUGUGUGCGAGAGAGUGUGUGUUUGCGAGAGCGUGCCAGACAUUUUUCGUUUUUCCACACACACGUAGAUUUGGGGAGGCAGUGCGUUUAUUUAUUUUUCAAAAAUUAUUCUAUCAAAAUUGUUUUCAGAAAGUUGAACGUGAUUUCCGUGAAUGGCAAGAAAGAACUCGGGAACAUAUUUGUGAUGAAUUUAGAGAAAUGUUGAAAGAAACCAAAAUAAUCACGCAUAAAAGUAAAAAGUUGAUGGAAGAAAGCGAACAACAUUUGAAGGAUAUUUUGUCUGUUCUUGAGGUAUUUUUUUUUUGAAAAAAAAUGAAAUUAGAAAGAAGAAAACUGAAAAUUACAAUUUUUUAGUUACUUCAAGAAUUUUUGCUUAUUUCUGAUAAAUCCAGGUCUAAAACGAUGCUAUUUUUCCAGAAUGAUAAACGUUGGGUUCGAAUGACAUCAACAAGUUCAUCGGAACGAGAUCGUCUUCUUGAGGAUUAUAUUGAUGAUUUACAUAGAAAAGGAACACCACCACCACCAACACAACAAGAAAGGGAACGUCGUAAGCAAUAA